GCGCGUCUCUCUCUGUGUGUGGAAAGUCCUUCUGAGCAUUUCCUCCUUCUCUCACGCAGCGGGGUGGAGAGCCACACCUCGUGCGCGGGGCUGGAUUUCCCAAGGAAACUUUCCAUGCCAGUCUGAGCCAGGGAACUGGCUGGAGGCGAGAGAGGAAGGGGGUCGGAGGAGAAGGAGCCGCGCGCCCCAAGAAGACCAGGUAGACUUCAAACGUCUGAGGAGUCCUAUUUGCUUCUGCCUCGCUGUCAGGGCACGGGAACGAACUCCGCAAAUCUCCGCCAGCGUCUUUUCUCCGGAACGGCGGAAUCGUCUCAGGUCGCGGAAUGAUCUCGGAGGCCGCCGUGUGAAUUUUCUGGACCCUGCAGUGGUGGUGGGGAGGAAGAAAGCAGCUUUGGGUUGCAGCAGUCGCAGAAACUUUCCUGCGUAGAGAAGGAUCCGGCACGCGGAAAGGGGUCCGGCUUACCAGUAUCUGAGAGAAGAUCGACCCACUAGGCGGAAACCUGGAAUCCUCAACGAAUAUGAGCGAUUUCUGGCACAAGCUGGGUUGCUGCGUCGUAGAGAAAUCGCGGCAGCCGAAAAAGACGCGGCGGAGAAUCGACCGCAGCAUGAUAGGGGAGCCCAUGAAUUUCGUCCACCUGACGCACAUCGGGUCCGGAGACAUGGCGAAUGAGGGUCUUCCCAUGACGGGAGCAAUGCAUGAAAUGAGAUCCAAAUGCGGCCGAGAUCGACAGUGGAGCAGCUCCCACGUUUUGUAGCUCUGUGGUGUUUCCCCCGCUUUCUCUUCCGUGUCCCGGGCAAAUUAACGAAUCGAGAAAACCCAAAGAAAGAAAUAAGUAUGUAAACAACCCUCGCGCAAGUGGCCUUCUCGGAUCCUGUCAAGGCAGGUCGGCGAAGCUCAGAAGACACCGAACACCCUUUGUAACUUAUGCAAACUGAUUCCAAACGAAAUCGGAUUGGAUUUUCUUUUUCAAAAGAGCGUCAGCAACAAAAAUGCAGCAGUUUAUUCCGCCGCUAAUUUUCGCCUCCCAGAUUUGCAUAGAAAGAUUUGCUGAAUCCAACACUCCCUUAGCUGCCGCUUCCUCUCUCUCUUCUCCCCCCCCCCAAAAAAAAUAUAUGCAGAAGCAUCUCUGGACCUUCAGUCAGUCUCUCAUGCCGUCCUUCGUUUCAUGGCUGCCGCAUUUUGCUUUUUCAGAACUUUGCAAGGAAUCGGGGUGGGCGUUUGAGGGAGAUUGACGCCCGGGGCAGGCAUCUACGUCUGCGAACAUGCCAUCCAUUUAAAGCACAUCCAAAGCCUCUUCCACACACACACACCCCCAGGCCAAUCAGCCUGGGAACUGUAGUUUGCUAUGGGUGCUGGGAAUUGUAGCGCUAUAGGAGUAAACUGCAGUUCUCGGGGUACGUGUGCUUUAAAUGUAUAAUGUGUGUGCCAUUUUGCUUCAUUUUUUAAAAGUGCAUUCUGUUUCAUCCCCCAAAAAAAUCUGGAGAGGAACUUAUCGUAACUUGUUUGUUUUUUUUACAUGGAAGUGUAAUCACUGGAUUUUUGGCUGUUUUCUGGGGAGGGGGAGAAGGAUCGACCUUUCUAUGAGGCACGGGUUUUUUUUAAGAGCGGGAGGCAGAGCGCCACCCUGCCGGAAUCUCCCCUGUGAAAGCCUUGCUGAAAUGACUGGGAGGCCUGCGAGAGUGUGGUUAGUGACGUCACAGGCACUAGCCAGUCGCCACCUUCCACAAUUGGCCAGCAUUUUGCUCCUGCUCCUGAAGACCUCUUCUCUGUGCCAGUCACUAAAGAUGGGGUGCGGCUGUUUUUGGGUUUCCUGCGGCAAAGCAUCCCAUACGCAGGGCGGCCUUUGCAUGUUCGACUUCCUCUACCAAAGGGCAGCAAAAUGGGAGAGACGUUUUUUCACCAAGCAAAGUGAGAGAACAAACACGGAAGAUGGAGAGGAUCUGGUCCAGAUGAUGGCAAGGUCUUGUCACCUCUUUGGCCGCAAAGCAUCGUGGAGGGAGAAAAUCUCUGGACCACAUCAAGGCAAUUUCGGAACUUCCUUUUAUAUAUAUAUAAGAAAAUGCAAUAUUCCUGUUAAAAGCACACAGCUGGGCAAAGUUCGUCAUUCUGUUGGGGUAGGGACAUUUCACUGAGAUUUUGCUUGGACUGCAGGAGCCUUGAUCCUCAGUUCUUCCCGUCGAACCACGAAUGUGGGGCUCUGGAGGUGCUCAUACUACAACUCCCAGCAGCCCCAGCACGGCCAGUGAGGGAAUCAUGGGAGUUGUAGUCCGGCAAUUUCAGGUGGGUGGCAGAUGCUUCCCUGCACCCCCCCCCCCAGUUUCUGGAAGUUCCUCUCUCUGACCCCGUGAAAUUCUCCGCAGAAACAUCCCCCCAUCUGAUCGCUAAGGACUAAUCCUGACUCUCCUCCUGAGGGGUGGAGAACCUCAGGCCAAAUCUGGCCCCCAAGGCUGCUCUCUUUGGCCCUCGGAACUCUCCCUAGGCCACACCCCUCUCCCUAGGCCACACCCCUCUCCCUAGGCCAUGCCCCUCUCCACAGGCCACGCCCCCUCUCCGUCCCUCCUUCGCAUCCUGAAUGAUGUUCCCUGGUUGGGAUUUGUCCCUGAACUCUGACGGGGACGCAGAGAGGACUGUGUGAAAAGGUGCAAGGACCAGCCCACUGCACAAAAGCGAAAAUUAUAUCCUUUGCUAUGCCCAUUUUGCUCCUUGGCACCACUGCCCACAGCUGGCAUGCUGCCCCCGGAAGGAAAUUCAGCCCUCUGGCCAGUUCCUCGCUCCAGAAUUGCUCCUUCUGACUGAAUGGGGUUUCCCAAGGAGGAACUCUGAGGUGGGGUGUGUGGGAAGGGCGCUAGGGGCUGGUGUUGGGGGAGCACUUCAGAUUUCAAGUUUCUAUGCCUCAUGAGGCUCUGGCACCGGGUGGCGGAUCGUUCCCACCCACAUUCCUUCUCUCUCGUUAUUAUUCGCAGGGCCGUUGCAGGAAAUAUGAAGCCAGCCAGGCUGAACUCUGGAAUCGCUUUAGGGUUCCACUGCAAAAAA